AUGUUCCAGGUCCUUCCGGCCUCGUGUUUCGCAUUGGGCUGUUGGCAAGUUGGUCGUCGACGAUGGAAACUCGACCUGUUGGCGAAAAUAGACGAAAAUGUGAAGAAACCACCUAUCCCAUUACCCCGAGACGUGAACACAAGCUUAGAUCUUCCAGAAUACUUACCGGUUACUGUUCGUGGUCAAUUCGAUCAUUCACGUGAAGUCUAUAUGGGACCGCGCGCCCUGAUUGCUGAUUUGGUUCCGGACAGUGUGCUCGAAUGUGGAAACAAAAUAAUGCCUACUCCGGAGGAGAAGUCCAAUUCGACACAAGAGCAACGUCGGAAGCAUGUACCACACUUAAGUCUGCCGGGUUAUUUUGUGAUUACUCCUUUCUUCCUGGCCGAUCGUCCGGGACAGAGCAUCCUCGUCAACCGAGGCUGGGUUCAUAUGGACCUACUUGAUCCAGCCACUCGUCCCAUGGGCCAAGUAAAGGGGACUGUAACUAUUUCAGGAUACAAUCGUUAUCCCGAAGCGGCCCUUUCUAUGGGACCUUUCUCAAUGCUCGUAGGAUCUCCAAAUAAAAAAGACCCGCAUACUCAUCCGCAAUAUUUCAACCGCCAAGUGGAUGAUAUGGCUCAAACCCUGGGUACAUUACCCAUAUUCAUCGACGCAACCUACGGUGAGUUCUUAUGA